UAUGGCUGCCAAUGUGGAAAUUCCAGAUUUAGCCGCUAGUGAAGAGCGAAGAACGCAAUUUGGCAAUAGAUUUUUGGUUGACAGCUCAAAAGUGUUUGAACAUAAUGCUUGGGAUAACAUUGAGUGGGAUAAAGAGCAGGAAGAAGCAGCAAUAAAAAUUGUUGAACAAAAUACAUCAAUUAAACUUCCAACAGACAUACAAGAAAAAUAUAAUUGUGAGCCUAAUCAGUACUGGAAUUCUUUCUAUAUGCAGCAUAACAAUAGAUUUUUCAAAGAUAGACAUUGGUUAUUUACAGAAUUUCCGGAACUUUUAGUUCCAUCUGCAACCAACUCCUGUGACCAUCCUAAUGACAGGAAUAAUAUUAAUAAAGAUCAACUCAAUGUUCAUAAAACUCCUACAGAAAUUGUGGAAUACCCUGGAUACAAAGCUACCAAAAGGAUCUUAGAGGUGGGAUGUGGUGUUGGAAACACAGUUUUCCCCAUUCUUGAAACUAACAACGACCCUGAACUUUUUGUGUACUGUUGUGAUUUCUCAGAUGUGGCAAUUAAUCUUGUAAAGGAACACGUAGAUUAUCAACAUGGUCGUUGUCAUGGUUUUGUCUGUGAUGUUACUGAAGACCAGGAUUUUCCUUUCCCGUUUGAAAGUUUAGAUGUAAUUCUCUUAAUAUUCGUACUAUCAGCUAUUCAUCCUGACAAAUUUCAAGAAACAAUUCAAAGACUUAUAAAGUAUUUGAAGCCAGGUGGCAGGAUUCUUUUCCGUGAUUAUGGACGCUAUGAUAUGGCCCAACUAAGGUUUAAAAAAGGGAAAUGUUUAGCAGAAAAUUUCUAUGUUCGUGGCGAUGGCACCAGAUGUUAUUUCUUCACCGAAGAAGAGGUAAAGACACUGUUUACUCAAGAAGGUUUGGUGGAGGAACAAAGUUAUGUCGACAGACGUUUACAAGUAAACCGUGGACGACAACUUAAGAUGUAUAGAAUAUGGUUACAAGGAAAAUUUAGAAAACCAAAGAAAAGCACAGAAGAGUUUGAGAAUUCUGCAACCAAAGAAUUUUAACCUCUGUAGCAUGCAAGUGCUAUCUUAGCCUAGCGCUAUCUAUGAGAGGCACAAAAAUGUGGACUAUCCUCUGUGUCACCAAAUGUAAUAAUACCACCUUCAAUAUCUUGCACAAUCCCAUAACCUGUUACACGGUGAAAAGAAUGCAAUUCUACUUAGUUCUCAAUCAUUUUGAGCAAAUGAAAAUACUUUGUUGUUGUUCAGCGGUCGGAUAUCGCGGGCUUGGCCGAAUGUGAAUCGUAUUUCGACGAUUGCCGACAACAUGCCGCAAAAAUGGGAUAAACGAAGCGGGGGUGACAUGGCGAAAAAAGAAUAAUCCAGGUUUUUAAAACUGGGUAGCCUGGCAAAGAAAAGAGGCUUAUAGCAAGCAAAAUUAAUAAAUCGCUUGUCAAAGCUAUAUAUUCAAAACUGAAAAAGUCAAGUGCAUUGAAGUUCCAAAAAUCAUCACGUCCUCCACCUUGCCCCAUAAACACUGGGUAGCCUGGCAAAGAAAAGAGGCUUAUAGCAAGCAAAAUUAAUAAAUCGCUUGUCAAGGCUAUAUUCAAGACUGAAAAAGUCAAGUGCAUUGAAGUUCCAAAAAUCAUCACUUCCUCUACCUAGCCCCAUAAACACUGGGUAGCCUGGCAAAGAAAAGAGGCUUAUAGCAAGCAAAAUUAAUAAAUCGCUUGUCAAGGCUAUAUUCAAGACUGAAAAAGUAAAGUGCAUUGAAGUUCAAAAAAUCAUCACUACCUCUACCUAGCCUCAUUAAAGAUUACUGUUCAAAUGUGACAAGGCCAAAAACUAAAGCAGAUCCUCAUGAUGAGCAACUGUGGAUCAAUCAACACAAAUCACCCUUGGCAAACGGAAAGAUAAGUGCAUUUAAGCAUAUUUCAUGAUAUGGUUUUCUUAUGGUCAACUUAAGGUCCUCUGUUUCUGCUUGUUGAUAUCACUUUUCGAUUUGCUAACCGCGGUAGCGUUCAUUUUUUCGGCAGCGUCCAUUUUUUCGGUAGCG